GGCUGAGGCUUCAAAGACCUCAGGGACUUCUUUCAGUACUCACAGAAACCCACACCCUGGUGAUGGCACAAAGGGACUGUUUUCUUGCUCUAAGUCUGAAUGACUGCCAAAAAGCAAGGCAAAGGUGGAGCAGUUGGAUUUCUGGCUCUCCCCAUAGCUUCUAAUCGCAGACCUUAAUAAACUCCUUUCUGAGCCCACAGACAAAGCUCACUUGAACAAAUGAUUCUGAGUCAUGAAUGAAAAAUCUUGCUCUUUCCAUAAUGAAGAAGAAUUAAGAGAUGGACAGUACUAUGUGAAUGAGCAUGGGAGAUAUAAAAGAAGUAUAUUAGUAAGAGACGGUCCUUAUGCUCAAAGCAGCAGAUUCUGAAUGGGGAGAUAGGCCUUGGCAGAGAAACCUAUGGUGCAUAUAUAACGGCUUUAGACUUAAGGUCAAAAGUGUGCCUGCUGGGAACUCUCCACCAAAGGACAAGGACAGCAGUGCUCUUCUGGCUUUCAGAGGAAUUCCUAUAUCGGAGUUGAAGAACCACGGCCUUCUCCGAGCCCUGACCGCAGACGCUAAUGGAUGGGCUCCAGGUGUUGUGAGCCCAGAGGUGCUCAGAGCCCAGGAAGAAUGGGAAGCCGUGCAGAACAUCCAGCCGGAUACAGGGAGCCAGACAGACCAGCCCGCACAGCUGAUCUCCUUCAGUGAGGCCCUGCAGCAUUUCCAGACCAUCGACCUCUCCUCCUUCAAGAAAAGGAUCCAGCCAACGAUUCGAAGGACUGGGCUUGCUGCCCUCCGGCACUGCCUCUUCGGGCCUCCAAAGCUCCACCAGGGCCUCCGUGAAGAAAGGGACCUGGUCCUGACCAUUGCUCAGUGUGGCCUGGAUAGCCAAGACCCAACACAUGGCCGAGUCCUCAAGACCAUCUAUAAGAAGCUGACCGGCUCCAAGUUUGACUGUGCCCUCCACGGAGAUCACUGGGAAGAUCUGGGCUUUCAGGGAGCAAAUCCAGCCACAGACCUGAGAGGAGCAGGCUUCCUUGCCCUCCUGCAUCUGCUGUACCUGGUGAUGGACUCAAAGACCUUGCUGAUGGCCCAGGAGAUUUUCCGCCUGUCUCAUCACCACAUCCAGGUGGGGCUCUGGUGGGAAGCCAGCAGAGGGGGCUGUGGAGCUAGGACCUGGGCUCAGGGCUCUUUGAGCAGCCAGGUGGGCCUCCCAGCAAUUCCCCUUCUGUUUGAUGUCUGUGAACAUCACCCGCAUCGCAAUCCAGGCCUUAAGAGAGGAGUGUCUCUCCAGGGAGUGCAAUCGGCAGCAGAAGGUGAUCCCAGUGGUGAACAGCUUCUAUGCUGCCACUUUCCUCCACCUCGCCCACAUCUGGAAGACACAGCAGAAGACCAUCGCCGACUCGGGCUUUGUCCUCAAAGGACCCAGGCUGGGGUACUCCGAGAGCCCUGGACUGUGCAUCCAAAGCCCCCGCAAGCCUUUUGUUCCCAAUGCUCUGUUCCAGACUUGGAAGUGUUGGCCAAGAAGAGCCCACGGCGGCUGCUCAAGACCCUGGAGAUCUACUUGGCUGGAGUGUCGAAGGGACAGACCUCCUUGCUGGGAGCACAGAAGUGCUGUGGGGCAGCAGCCCCUCACUCCAAGGACCUCACUUUCACAGGCGUGUGUGACCUGCCACCACACUCAUCCGAAGGCAUGUGGCCGGUCUGACCGCCGAGGCAAACCAUGUCAGGGACACCUGGCUGGGCCACGCCCCUUCCCGUCUCAGCAGAAGGGACGUGGAAGCUCCCAGGCCUGGUUGGGGGAGCCAAGGACCUCCUCCUCAUGAGACACAGGGCCAGUCAGACUUGACACACCCCCUACAGAUGUGCCUCCUUUGCUGUCAUCUGAGUUGGGCUCCAGGUCUCGAUGAGUGAAUGGAUUGUGAGGUGGGAGAGCCCCAUUGGGAUGUUCCACACGCCCCCAGGUGGGGCUUUGAGACCCCUGGUGGCCAUAGGACAGGGACCAGACAGAGAUAUAGAUUGGUUAGAAUAUGAAGGGCAGCAGCCAACAGGGGGCAGCAUGAACCAGAGCAAGACGCCCGAGGCCACAGCUGGGCCCGCCUUCCUCUCCUCCAUCCCCCAGGCCAGUAUAAGAACCCCUGGGGGCUUCUGGCCUUGCAUUUGCCCCAUCUCCUCUCCUCCCUGGGGUUCAUGGUGCAGAACAGGGCCUUUGGCCGAGUCUCCAUUGCUGCCCAUCCUCACUGCCUGCCGGCAGGGCUUCCCCAGGAGGCUGUGCGGUGCCCAUCUCAGGCGGUUUUGUAGCCUGGUUGGGAGAAGAUCAGCAGUUACUGAAUAAAAAAAAUUGUUCUG